CUAGAGUAGCAAUAAUAUUUGCAUAUAUUUAGUUCCUGCAAUUUGGUGGUUUGAAUGUCAAAAUUUCAGUAAAAAUUUAAACAAAAUAAUAAGCUUACAACUAAGCAACGGUGAUGGAUAAGUUUGACCCAAGAAUGGCAGGAUACCAGGUUUGACAUGCACCUAUGGUGAACUUCGGCUGUCACGUCAGCAGAUCGAAGACUUCGGCAUCAUGGAUUUCUAUUACAUGCUCUUCUCCCCACCAUGCCGUUCAGUGCUCCUCACCGCCAAGAGUCUUGGUAUUGAACUUAAUAAAAAAGUGUUAGACUUGUUUGCUGGUGAACACUUGACUCCCGAAUUCCUGAAGAUCAACCCACAACACGUUAUUCCCACUUUGGUGGAUAAUGAUUUUGUACUAUGGGAAUCGCGCCCCAUUAUGAUAUACUUGGUAGAACAAUAUGGCAAGGAUGACGCACUGUACCCCAAGUGUCCCAAGAAGCGAGCCAUCGUCAACCAGCGUCUAUACUUUGACAUGGGCACCUUGUACAAGUCGUUCGCCGACUACCAUUAUCCUCGGCUCUUUUUCAAUAGUGAGGAACCCUUUGAUCCCGAGCUCUUCAAAAAAAUGGAAGCUGCUUUCGAUUUAUUGAACACAUUCCUAGAAGGCAACAACUAUGUGGCUGGUGAUCAAUUGACUCUGGCAGACUUGGCUAUUCUAACUACGGUUUCCACAAUCGAUGUUUCGGGCUUCGACAUUAGCAAGUAUCCCAAUGUUGCCAGAUGGUACGAAAAUGCCAAGAAAGUACCUGGUUGGGAAGAGAGCUGGGAAGGCGCUUUGGAAUUCAAAAAAUAUUUUAAAAAUAAAAUCGAAGACUUCGGCAUCAUGGACUUCUAUUACAUGCUCGACUCCCCACCAUGCCGUUCAGUGCUCCUCACCGCCAAGAGUCUUGGUAUUGAACUUAACAAAAAAGUGUUGGACUUGUUUGCUGAUGAACACUUGACUCCCGAAUUCCUGAAGAUCAACCCACAACACGUUAUUCCCACUUUGGUGGAUAAUGAUUUUGUACUAUGGGAAUCGCGCCCCAUUAUGAUAUACUUGGUAGAACAAUAUGGCAAGGAUGACGCACUGUACCCCAAGUGUCCCAAGAAGCGAGCUAUCGUCAACCAGCGUCUAUACUUUGACAUGGGUACCCUGUACAAGUCAUUCGCCGACUACUAUUAUCCUCGGCUCUUUUUCAAUAGUGAGGAACCCUUUGAUCCCGAGCUCUUCAAAAAAAUGGAAGCUGCUUUCGAUUUACUGAACACAUUCCUAGAUGGCAACAACUAUGUGGCUGGUGAUCAAUUGACUGUGGCAGAUUUUUCUAUUCUAACUACGGUUUCCACAAUCGAUGUUUCGGGCUUCGACAUUAGCAAGUAUCCCAAUGUUGCCAGAUGGUACGAAAAUGCCAAGAAAGUACCUGGUUGGGAAGAGAGCUGGGAAGGCGCUUUGGAAUUCAAAAAAUAUUUUAAAAAUAAAUAAUAUAUUAAAAUUUCAUAAAUUAUUUGUUUAUACUGAAAAACUUCCAAUUUUACAUAUUCUCGAUUAUUCAAUUUUGAAUGUUUUGUGACAGUAUUGCCAACACAUGUGUGCUUGGUAGUGUUUAACGGCAUUGCCAAUAAAAUUGAUCCAAGUGAAGAGAGGAAGUAA